UUAGAUAUAUUUAAAAUUCAACCUCUUAUUAAACACUUUAACACACAAAAGCUACUUUCUUAGAAACCAAAGUAGCAAACUUGUUUUGAUCAAAGAAAAUUUAGGCUGAGUAAAAAUGCCGAUGAAUAGAAUUGCGGUUGGGACAGCGGGAGAGGCCAGCCAUCCGACUGUGAUAAAAGCGGCUUUGGCUGAAUUCUUUUCCAUGCUUAUUUUUGUAUUUGCCGGAGAAGGGUCCGGGAUGGCUUAUAACAAGCUAACGAAUAAUGGGUCAAGCACACCAGCGGGGCUGGUAGCUGCAUCAUUGUCACAUGCCUUUGCCUUGUUUGUGGCGGUUUCGGUUGGUGCAAACAUUUCAGGUGGUCAUGUUAACCCUGCUGUCACCUUUGGGGCAUUCAUCGGUGGCCACAUUACUUUGUUACGAAGCUUUUGGUACUGGAUUGCGCAGUUGCUAGGCUCCGUUGUCGCUUGCUUGCUUCUCAAGUUUGCCACCGGUGGAAUGGAAACAUCAGCUUUCGCGCUAUCCUCGGGUGUAUCCACCUGGAACGCGCUCAUCUUCGAGAUCGUCAUGACAUUCGGCCUAGUUUACACGGUAUACGCCACAGCAGUGGAUCCAAAAAAGGGAGAUUUGGGGAUCAUUGCUCCUAUUGCAAUUGGUUUCAUAGUUGCUGCCAACAUCUUGGCUGGCGGUGCUUUCGAUGGUGCCUCGAUGAACCCGGCAGUCUCAUUCGGUCCUGCUGUUGUCAGCUGGACAUGGACUAACCAUUGGGUCUAUUGGGUUGGUCCCUUCAUCGGAGCCGCCAUUGCUGCCAUCAUCUAUGACAAUAUCUUCAUUUGUGAUGGCACCCAUCAGCCUCUCCCUUCCAAUGAUUUUUAAUAAUAAUAAAAAAAAAAAGACAAAUUCAUGUCAGGGGCCAAGUUUCUCUCUGACAUUUUUAGGUCAAAAAGAAAAUAAAAAAAAGGGAAAUGAAUUUAGAGUUGUUGUAGUUGUAAUUUGUUUUCAAAUUUGUGUUGUAUGAGCAUUUAAAAGCCUCUUGAUUUUACUGAAUCCCACUUAAGUUUUUGAUUAUGUUAAA